UCCAGCGUGGCAAGAAUUUGUGAUUAACAUUAUCGUUGCGUUAGUCCAGAAGGACUAAGUUUCAACGCAUCUGUAUUUCUUGUAAGUCGGUGUACACGCGACAAAGCAAGCGAAAAUAAUGGCUGACCCUACCCCAGUUGUCGACUUCUGUGUUGUAAUAAUCGACGAUGCACCUGUUUUGUCAGCUACUUUGCAACCAUCUACUACAUCCCAUCGACGUUUGAACUCUUAUGAACAAAUUCGUGAACUAAAUCGUCCCGAACAGUACUAUUACUAAUUUUGCGAAAGGUUAGAUUAUCUUCCACUGAAAUUGUGUGUUUAUAUUCGUGUGGUGAUCUCAAACCGUUCGAAGGUCUGACGUAUGCCAGGAUAUUGAUUAUUUCGUAACAGCAAACAGACCACACAUCGUUAUGGAAGUAUCUAAGUUGUUUCUCAGCUGUAAACUGGGUGAUUUGGACAGUGUUAAGUAUCUUGUGGAAACUAAAGAAGUAGAGUUGAAUGUACGUGAUAAAUGGGACAGCACACCUUUGUACUAUGCUUGUUUCUGUGGGCAUGAAGAGUUGGUGGAUUAUUUACUCCAGUGUGGUGCCAAGUGUGAACCAAACACUUUUGAUGGUGAACGUUGUCUAUAUGGUGCAUUGAGUGACAGUAUACGAAAUGUCCUAAAAAAUUAUAAGGCUAUAACAGCUCAUUGUAUGAGACGAGACAGUUACCAAGAGUUUCUUAGAAGGCUGCUGGAUGAGGGUAGCUAUGAAGACAUAUGUUUUGCGGUGCGUAAUAGCAAGUUUACAGCCCAUCGGUGCAUUUUAUCCGUCAGAUCUGAAUACUUCGCUGAAAUGUUGAAGACUAGAUGGCGUAAUAAAAUGUCUGUUAAUCUCAAGCACCCACUGGUCAGUCCUUAUGCGUUUAAAGCCAUUCUGCGCUACAUUUAUACUGACCGUCUUGAGAUCCACAUGGAAGAUAUAGAUGAUGUCAUCAGACUGGCAAAGCAGUGUCAGUUAGUGGGAUUGAUUAGCAGAAUAGAUGAUGCUGUCAAGAAAACAGAUUCAUUUGUGUGUGCUAAGCCUGGUACCCGUGUCACCGUGAUCAGUAUUGAUGAAAACUGUUAUCAGCUACAUGAAGACUUGGGUGUUCUGGCUGAACAAGCUAUCCCUAAUCAAAUCAAGAACUGGGUGAGUCAUGGUGAAUUACCUUUCUUUACUGAAGAGGAAAACAUACCAUAUUUGGGUGAUAUUUGUUUCUCAGUUCAAGGCUACAAUUUCUAUUGUCAUAAGGUUUUCUUCUGUUGCCGUAGCGACUAUUUCAAAGCAUUACUUAGUGACCACUUCAGUGAGGUUGGAACGGACAGUCUUCAAGGCAUACCUGUAGUGUAUUUACAAGAUGUAAAUCCUGACGUCUUCAGUCAAGUUGUCAGAUAUCUUUACACAGACAAACCACAGAUAUCAGCAGCAUUAGCAUAUGAUGUGUUAUGUGUGGCAGAUAGAUAUUUACUGCCUGGUUUGAAAAGACUGUCUGCAAAUGUCAUCUCCCAAAACCUUGAUGAGUUUAACGUCAUCUCAGUAGUGAAGGCAGCAAGAUUAUUUGAACUACACAGACUAGAAGACCAGUGUGCUGAGUAUAUGGCUGCUAUUCUGGAUAAGAUUAUCUAUACAGAGGAGUUUGCUGAGUUGAUACAGGAGGAUGCUUCUAGUGUACAGGAACGGCAGGAGACAGACUCUAUACCUAUCAUUGAUGAUAUACGAUAUCAUAUCACCAGUACCAUUCUAACAUACAGCGAUAUGGCAGAAGCCAAUGAAAAGUUAGCUGCACUAGAUGACCUUCUUAUUAGGCUUGGUGUGGAGUGUUAAAUUAAGUUUUAAGAUUGGAUCAUUCACAGAUUUUAUAGAUGUUUAGGUCUGAAUUUCGAAGCAG